AUGAAACGAACCGGCAGUGACAGCAGCAGCAGCAGCAGCAGCAAACGUGCUCAUGUGGACGAAGUUCCAUUCCCUGAUUUCUUCCAGCAAAUCUUGGUUAAUCUAGACAACCAGAUCGAGAUGGAAAGAGCUCAAGCGCAGCUCGAAUAUGCGCCUAAUUCAGAAUUCGGUUCAACCACCCAAAACGUUCAAGGAGGCGGCGGUAGCGUUCAAACGGCGCCCGCCACACAGGACACUCAGUCUUUAGAGGAGGAGGAGGAGACCAACCUGCCUGACCCGUUUGAGGAGGAGAUCAACCUACCUGAGUGGUUUGAGGAUCUACUUGAUUUUGGCAAUGAGUUGCUCAAACCAUGGAGUCAGAGCGGAGAAGCCCCUAUAAGGGCUUCGCGGGAAGCGGAUGCAGAACACGCACCAGCUCCUCCCCCAGCGCUGUCGCCACCGUUUGGCUGCGCAGCCCGUCCGCCAUCGCCACAGCCUGGCCCUUCAAACCGGCUGUCACCCCCUCCUCCUCUAGAAGCAGCAGCUCACCGCCGCCGCCCACGCAAGGCGGCGCGCGGUCCACGUCACUCGCCCACCGAGGACACGGGCGGCCCCCCGUCACCUGCCGGGAGCCGGCGAGCACCAGUCGCCCGCAGACCGCCCGCGCCGCCGGAAGCACGCUCCGCCACUUACCGCAGCGCGCAGAUGAGUAUGGACACCACAGCUGUAUGCCUCAUAGUUUGUCUUCUCUUUGCACGAGUGUCUAGUCAUGGGAACCUUUUCUUCGGAUACACAAAAGAAGAGCAGGAGCUGUGGAGCGAACACAGCGACGCGUGUGCCGGGAAGUACCAGUCGCCUAUCCGCAUCAUCAGCCACCGGGCGCAGAGGCUGCCCAUCCCGGCGCUCGAGAUGGUCGGCUUCCACAACCUGCUGCCCGGGCCCGUCGUCGCCACCAACACCGGACACUCGGUGUCCCUGCGGCCGGCGGUGACGGGGGAAUCAUGGCCGAAGGUGUUCGGUGCUCUGCUGCUCCACGAGUACCAGCUGGAGAGCUUCCACUUCCACUGGGGCCACCGCUUCUCCAGGGGCAGCGAGCACGUCCUCAACAGCAUCAGGUUUCCGAUGGAGAUGCACAUCGUCCACCGCAACAUGAAGUACUCGUCGCUGAAUGAAGCCAUGCAGAAGCCAGAUGGGCUCGUCGUCCUCGCUUUCUUCUUCCAGGCCCAGGAGAAGAACAACCAUGCGCUACGGCCCAUCCUGGAGGUGCUGGAGCGCGUCAAGUUCCCCGGCGACAGCUCGCCACUGCACGUCAGCUUCUCACUGUCAUCGCUGUUGACCGCCGACAUGGACGCCUUCUACACGUACCGCGGCUCGCUCACCACGCCGCCCUGCUCCGAGUCCGUCACAUGGGUCAUCUUCCCGGAUGCGUUGCCCAUCUCCUUCAACCAGAUCAAGAAGUUCCGACGUAUCUAUUCAUCAGGUGAAGAUCGUAUGGUAAACAAUUUCCGUGUCUUGCAACCUCUCAACAGUCGGAAUGUCUUUGUUCGCAAACUGUGGAAGAUUGAGAGCUACAACCUUACUAGCCAUGAUUCGGUGUCAUGGCUCAGUUAAGCUUGCGCCAAAAAAGUUCCACGUUCCUACAGCACUCAACUAUCGAGACUAGCAAGAAAGUGCACUGCCGUUACAGUGAACAUGCCUACAUUUACUGUCAUACUGAGGCAGCUCACAACCUGUUGUAUUUAUUUUCUUGAAUAAGAAUGUAGUGCAUACAGCACUGUGUGGAAGCAAUUUCUAUUAGUAGUACAAUGCUGUAUGUGCUUCUUUUAGACAACAGGUCAAGCGGAUCAGAAACCACUGCCUGCAAACUACCAAUUUCACAAGGUUGUGCUCUUUAAUGUACAUAUGAAAAGUUCUGUAUAGUUUUGUAAAUAUCUUAAGAAUUUUGUCAUCUAUGUUGUGUAUUACACACAUUUAAUUGACAUUUAUUCAUAAUGAAAGAGACAUUUCAAUGUUUCACUUUCAUUCUUAGUAAAGGAUUCCUUCCAAAACACAUUCUAAUGUAUGUACCAGUUGACAAUACAAGAUGUAGAUUUGUUUUCUAUCUUUCUUUAAUGUUCAUCUUAAAGGAACUGACAUCAUUACCUUCACUUAUUUCAAGUUGUACUGUACUUUAAAAAAUCUCCACUCAUGACUGCUACAAAAUGCUGCAUUUUGUUUUGCUGUUGUGAAUAUUUACGCCAUUGUGUGCCUGAUCAGUGUGUAUGUUGCAUGUGAAACACUGCUGGCAGUGUUCUGGGAUUUUAUGAAAGUUUUGUCAUCUGCAAAUAUGUGUUGUAUUAAAAUUGCAUAUCACACAAGC